ACAAAACCCAAAACUCGACUAAUCGCCAGCAGGAGAACGUGACAGCCAUACCACUUAUCAAUACAUUGGCACGGCCCUGCAGCAAUAUGUACUUCUAUGACAGACCUCGCUAGAAGCUCAAGCAAUCGCGGAAGCGGCCAUACACCUACGCUCUGACUGGCCCACUACCACGGACUCAGGAUGCCGAUGUGGGCGCCUUGCACGAACCCGGCAUAGCUCUUAUGGUAACUCUCUGUGAGCGAGCUAUGUCGUCAAAAUGAUGGAAAUAUCACGAUACGCCUGGUUGCUCAACGGAAGCCGUGGAAACUGCACCUGAUUUCUGAAUUCCGAUUUCCGUUCACUGCAAACUAUACAGUUUCCUGGUGUCUUUCAAUGCAUCGAAUCAAUGCAACCCAAACGCCUCGCCUUUUAGGUAUCGCUACCGGUGGAAUUAACUCAAUGCCGAAAGUACUGGUUCACGAGCUAUCGAAUUUGCACGACCUUCGAUCCCCUCGAACACUGCCUCAUAAGUCAUAUCUGGAGACGUCCACGCGUCCAAGUCCUGCAAGAUCCGGACGACUGCUGGAGCUCGGUUUCUGCCAUCUCGGCCACCUGAGCAUAAUGCACACCACCGCAGCUCAAUGCGCUCUCGAGCUUGCCAUCAGCUAAGUUCCAAUUCCUGGUCCAGAGAAGUUGCCUGAUAAUCCUGGAUGGUGUCGCUAGUUGGUGAAACAGCCCAAGGAGUUCCAUUCGCGACCAGCGGUGAAAGCUGCGAUCUGCCACCGACUGCCGGCAAUACGCCCAUGGGUCCAGCGAUGGACUGCGAGCGAGAUUG